UCUCUACACCCAAUCAACCGCUGCAACUUGUGGAAUUCAUUAGCGAUCUACACGCGUCUUGCCUGUUCAUUUUUCCGCUUGAUUGCCUUCAGCGCCCCAACCAAUUUGUUCCCACGUCCCGCGUCUGCAUUUGCCAAUGCCCGCCUCAGACCAUUUCGGCAUGCACGUACCCAGACCGAACGCCCCAGACUCCAAAAACUUCCAGAAGCGUUUAACCGAGUGGCCCCAGCGGCCCUGGGCCCCUGCAUUAACGGGUCGUGGCGCCACGCCCCAGGAACCUAAGUUCCCCGAGAGUUAAACGAUCCCCUGGGGCGGAUAUCCUAAGUCGUUGAUAAUGCGGCGUAGGCCCGCUUUCGCUUUCUCUUCGCUGGCGGGACUACGGCUGGUUUUCUGUCCGUGCGAAAUGGGUUGAAUUGAGCAAGACCUGUUUGAGGUUGGCAUGAACGAUGGAAACGCAAACACAGACUGCGAAUGAUGGGACGAUUGGGAGGAGUGGUGGGUUUAGGAAUACAUUGAGGAGGUGGAGGGAGAAAUGGAAGCGGGACGGCAAGAAAGCUCCAAUUGCGACUCCGAACACUCGACCGACGACGAAUUCUUCGGCCACAUCACCGCCUCCUCCUCCCCAACCAGGAGCGCUCUUCACACCCACGACGCAGACCGUCAUCUCGUCCCCCCUAGACCCGAGAAACCGCUCCCCCUCCGCUUCUCCAGCCGGCACGCUCAAGAAACAGCAUCUUCUCUCUCGGAGAAACACCGCACCGGCGAACUACUACGCAACGACCGAGCAAAUGGCGGCCAUCACACCCAUCAAUACGAUUACAACAACGAUAUCGGCGGCGCCGUCGAGCCCGAAGAGUCGGAGGGCAUCAAGGGUACGCCUUUCAUUGGCAAAACGCGGGUCGAUACAGCUUAGCCCAUCGACGCCGAACUUGUAUGAUCAGGCGAAUAGACGGGCGACUUGUCAGGUUGUCACACCGGUGAAGGUAGAGAGGAGGAGGGCGGAUAGCGAGACGUUAGUAGAGGAGGAGGAUGUGGUGAGGAGGGAUCUGCCGAAGGGCGACGCACGUGAGAGCAUUGAGGAGAUGAGGGUUGCUGAAGUUACUACCUAGGAGACUAGUAACGGACCGAGGACGACGGGUGCUAGAUGACUUCUUCAAAAGCUUUUCUUAUGUCAAUGCUGUAUUAUUGUCGGAUAGGAGUGUUGGUGAUCGGAGUACUCAUCGUCGUUUUCGGAGUAUAGGGUUGGAGAGCCAUUGAGCUUCAAUUGAUCUUUCUUUGCUCGCUGAAGAGCUUCUUGCUGCAAUUAUCGAAGCCCCAUACCUUCGGGGGUAUGAAGUAGGCCGGUUUCCCAUCGCCGUGC